GUUAUUUUCUCUUUUAGGAUUGUUUCCAUAAUUAUCCUUCUUUUCUUUUCUUUACCAAUAAAGAAAUGUCCAAAUGAUGAAGUUUGGCCAUCCUGGGUCUUAUAUUGAUUAUAUAUAAAUUUGCUGUGUUAACUUGCACACAUGGUCCCUGAGAAAGGAAUGGACCAUGGCUAUUAAUCAACCCUUAUACAAUCCAUCACAAUGAAUUUUACAAUAAAUAUACAAGUGUUGUUUGAAUGAUCCCCCCAGUGCUUUAGUGGUCAAGGAACAUCAGAGAAGACCCAGUGGCAUGCAUGAGUCAUCUGAGAGUUUGCCUCUGGUCAUCCCAAUUCAAGAAACACCAUGUGGAGAGGAAUCAAACCAGUCUUUGGUUGACAAAAAUCUAACAAAAUCCCGUGACCUUGAAAAUGAAUCUUUGAGGAAUGUAUCAUCUUCAGUGGAACAAGAGGCAACAAAAUCCCAGGAACUUGAAGAUGAAUCCAUCAGGAAUGAAUCAUCGUCAGUGGAACAAGAGGCAACACAAUCCCAGGAACUUGAAAAUGAAUCCAUCAGGAAUGAAUCAUCGUCAGUGGAACAAGAGGCAACACAAUCCCAGGAACUUGAAAAUGAAUCCAUCAGGAAUGAAUCAUCGUCAGUGGAACAAGAGGCAACACAAUCCCAGGAACUUGAAAAUGAAUCCAUCAGGAAUGAAUCAUCGUCAGUGGAACAAGAGGCAACACAAUCCCAGGGAAAUGGCUCGAAGGAAAGUAUAUCUUCGCGAGUAGAACUCAUCCAUAUUAAAAAUCUUGUGGCCUUGUGCAAAAAUCCGCGACAAUGCUUAGUUAAAUUGGAAAUGCUGUGGGGCGGUCAGAGAACUCAUUCUGAAUCUGAAGAUCGGUGCCUGACGUUUUUCUCCACUCCUGUCGACAGCAGGAAUAAGAAACAGAAACUUAUAGUUAUGGAAAUUAAGAAACAAAUUGAGGCUAGGUUUGAAUCUGUUCAAGCGCAAAUCUACCAUUCCCCUUAUUUGAAACCAUGGGAGAAGGAUUCUCAUCGUCAAGAUGCCUUCCAAAGGAUGACUGAAGAAAUAAAUCGAGUUUCUAAUCGUCAUGAUGAAUUCCGUUUCUUCUUGAGCGACAAGAUGUCCAAUAAAAUCGUAUCUCUGGUCCUCGACUUUCAUGGUGGCUAUGAGUUGGAUGAGGUAUCGCAGUUUUAUUAUGCAGCAGUGACAUACCGACUGAGCAAGUUGAAGAUUAAAAACAGUUGCCGGACACUUUCCAUGGAUCCGGACACCUUUACCAUCAGCCGGCAAUGCUCGCGUCCGAAAGUUUCUGUGAUAUGCGCGAAAGCUCGUGCGACUGUAGAUGAACUUCCUGCAGUUCUUACGCCACCAACGUGUUCGGAAAUCUCCCUUGCGCAACGCGUGAAUCAGUAUCAGUCACAUCAUGAGAGCAGUUGCCACGCGUUGAUCGUGUUCAUACUCGUACAGUAUUCGUCCGAUGAUCAAAAGACUUGCGUGUGUUAUGCAGUGGACUGUUGCGUCAGUCAUGCUGUGCCACGUGUUCCUGCCCAGGAUAAGAGGGCGACGCAUGCUUCGGCAUUUUUAAAUCGGUACUUCGUUGGAGUAGCCAGGGUUGCAGUGGCUCCGGGUGGAACUGGUGUGGGAAAGCAGCGCCGUGUUGCAGACCCGGGUCUCGUCUCUUGCUUAGCAACCGUG